AUGACUGGUGGCCGCAUUGUGGACAUCCUGACCGACGGCCGCAUGAUCGCCGAGAUAACGGCUGAUGUUGAGCAGGUGCUCGCUCGACGAGGCUUGAAGGAUGAGUACAGAUGGCAGUCGAAUGCACUGUUAGCCCUACAGGAAGCAGCUGAAGUGUACCUCACGUGUUUAUUUGAAGACGCGAAUCUAGCCACAAUACACGCUCGACGAGUCACUCUGUUUCCCAGAGAUUUACAUUUGGUAAGAAGACUUCGUGGCGAGCACGUUAGCAUGCCCAUGUCAUGUGAGACUCCUUUUCGACUAUUCAGCCAGUCUCAUAGGUAA